AUCUAAUCUUGUGUUCCGCGCUGCUGCCGGUCUGGUACGAGAGGCACGUUGCCAAAAACAAUUCAUCUCAGUCCCGCUCCUUUAUUCUGUUAUGUUGUUCAGCAGGAGAGCUCUUCCUGCACACGAGCUCAGAGGAGCUGCCAGCUGAUCAUCUCCUCCAGCCAGAGUCCUCCCUGCUGAAACCCACAGUGCUGAUCACCAUCCUCGCACGUAACACACAGCACAGCCUCCCUUACUUCUUGGGAUGCAUUGACAGACUGGAUUAUCCGAAGGACCGAAUUGCCAUCUGGGCAGCGUCUGACCACAAUGUGGACAACAGCACCGCCAUGCUGCAGGAGUGGCUGAGAGGAGUCCAGCACCUGUACCACUCUGUGGAGUGGAGACCCGUGGAUCGACCAAGCUCUUACGCAGACGAGCAGGGUCCAAAACACUGGUCCGACUCUCGGCUCAGCCAUGUGAUGAAGUUAAAGCAGGCGGCGCUCAGAGCCGCCAGACGACUUUGGACUGACUACAUAUUGUUUGUGGACAGUGACAACUUGCUGACGAACCGCCAGGUGCUGUCUGACAUGAUAGCGGAGAAUCUGACUAUUGUGGCACCCAUGUUGGAAUCAAAAAGUCUUUAUUCCAACUUCUGGUGUGGCAUUACUCCUCAGGGCUACUACAGACGAACCCCAGAGUAUAUUCCCAUCCGUAAGUGGAAGCGGCAGGGCUGCUUUGCAGUCCCCAUGGUGCACUCCACCUACCUGCUGGACCUGAGGCGCAGAGGCAGCCAAGCGUUGGCCUUCCACCCUCCUCACCCCCACUACCCCUACCACCUAGACGACAUCAUGGCCUUUGCUUUCUCUGCAAGGCAAGCAGGGGUCCAGAUGUUCGUGUGCAACAGGGACCGUUAUGGAUAUUUACCUCUGCCCCUCGAGCAAGACCAGACACUGGAGGAGGAAGAGGAGAGUUUCACCCACACACUGACAGAGGCGCUCAUCGACUACACCAUGAAGCCUUCACAGUAUGUGCACGCUGUUCCUAAAGAACCAGGAAAGAUGGGAUUUGACGAGAUCUUUCUGAUCAACCUGAAGCGCCGCUCAGACCGGCGGGAGAGGAUGUUGAGCUCUCUGUCCGUCCUCGGUAUCAACGCCACACUGUCAGAGGCCGUGGAUGGCAAAGCAUUGAACUCCUCUCAGCUGCAGGCCAUGGGUAUAGACAUGCUGCCUGGGUAUAAAGACCCGUAUUCAGACCGUGUGUUGACUCGAGGGGAGAUCGGCUGCUUCCUCAGCCACUACAACAUCUGGAAGCAGGUGGUGCAGCAGGAACUGCAGCAGGUGCUUGUGCUGGAGGAUGAUGUCAGAUUUGAGCCCAGAUUUCGCAGCAGGCUGCUGGCCAUCAUGGACAACGUGAUGAGAGUGGGACUCGACUGGGACCUGAUUUAUGUGGGUCGUAAGCGGCUGCAGGUGAAGGAGCCAGAGUUCUGGGUGAAGGGAGUCAUUAACCUCGUGCACCCAGGAUACUCCUACUGGACCUUGGGGUACGUGCUGUCCCUGCAGGGGGCCGAGAAGCUCCUGCAGGCAAAGCCUCUGCACAAAAUGCUGCCCGUUGAUGAGUUCUUACCCAUCAUGUUCAACCAGCACCCCAAAGACGAGUACAUGCAGUAUUUUGAGCAGAGGGACCUGAGAGCUUUUUCAGCGGAGCCUCUGUUGCUCUUCCCCACACACUUCACCGGCGAGCCCGGCUACUUCAGCGACACAGAGACAUCCACCAUCUGGGACGAUGAGGCAGUGGAAACAGACUGGGACAGAGACGGAGCCAAACACCGGCGUGAGCAGGAAACUGAGGAGCUUGGGUUUGGACGCGUGGCUUCUCAUUCUGCUCGCGGUGACGUGCCUCCCGUCUCUGGCAGCGGACGCAAAGAUGAACUCUAACUGGUUCAACAACCUGGGGGCAACCUCUGUGCAGUGUUUCUAAGAUGGAAGGUUUUUUUUCUCAGUGUUAAUUAGAAGAAACUCAAAGCAUAAAACUGAAAUAGAAAGUCUAAGAAUGACGUUUUAUCACAAAGACCUUCCUAAAGACCCAACUCAAAAGCCCUUAUCACCUCAGUUGAAAUUGGACUUUACUGAUACAUAUUUACAAAAUAGCCCACAGUCAAGUCAAGGACCAGGACCACCUGUGAACCAACACAGUCAAACAUAGUGUGUAAGUCUUUUUCUGUUACAGCUGUUAAACAUUAGACUUAGUUUAAGAAAUAAAAGCCCAGAAAUACA